AUGCGCUACGAGCUCCAUGAGCUGGAGAAGCUUCCAGAAGGAACGUUCAGCAUCGGCUGCUUGGAGAAUGGGGAGGUCAUCACUGGCUCGAAGAAAAGUGUGCAAGUGUGGUCAACACCAUCUGCCGGUUCGAUGUCACGUCUCGCCGAAGUCGAGGUCGAGGCUACAUGUCUGGUCGGGCUGGGGUCCCAGACGAUAGCAGCAGGCGAUGCUGCCGGGCGUGUACGAGUGUGGCACUUGCGACGACGGGUGCUUAAGGAGGUCGUGUCUGUGCACCCUCACUCAGGUCCAGUGAGAGCUGUCAGCAGUGGUGGGGACAUUCUGCUGACGGCUUCUGAUGAUGGCACCGUGAAGCAACUUGACGUGCUGGCUGAUUUCUUGCCUUCGGACUUCUUCACAGUCGGCGUGCCAGCAUCUGCCAUACUGGCACGUGGCAAGAACGUGCUUGUGGGCUGCGAGGAUGGAGUGGUUUGGGAGCUAUCGCGCCGACUCCAAGUUCCGACGCUUCUGCGGCGUCUGCACUUAGGUGUUCCUGUUCGCGGCCUGGAUGCCGACCCGGAGGGCCCAGGUGCCCGAGUGCUUGCUGUCGGGGGCGGACGUUUUGGCAUCUGGCUUGAUCCAGCCCAAAGACGGCAAGCCAGUCCAGAUGACGAGGCUCAGCAGCCAGCAUUCACAGCAAAGUGUGGUCCAUCAGAAACAGCUGUGGUCUUGCUGCCAGGGCAGCCAAAGGAUCUGCUGCAAGUCACGCGUGCCGUGACUGGUGAGUUGAACUGCAACUGUCAAUGGACAUCUGCUUCCUCCACCAAGCCGAGGAAUGCACACGCUCCUAGAUCGAUGGUGCGAGAUCCCAUAGACUCUUCUGCAGUCUACUUCAUAGCUGACGUCACUAGGGGUGCCAUACAACAGCCAGAGCUUUUCAAGCUGGUUCCACACGGUCCUCCCAGUGUCGAGGUGUUGCUCCCCGGCCAGCUCGAGGCAGACGAAAGCUCGGCCAUGACUGAUGUGGAGGCUGUAGUCUCAGCAGAGGAUAUGAAGGAAAGCAUCCUCCCGGAAAGUGAGUGUCAACGAAACGAGGACUCGGACCUCGAAGAGGCUUCACAACCUCCCAAAUCGAAAUCAUGCAGGCGCCUGAUCACAUAUCCUAUCUCCACCAAAGCGUCUCGGGCUCGGGCAACAGGCAUCGAUCCAGAGAAGAAAUGUGAG